CCGGCCCCUAUAGCUAUUUAGUGUAUUGUCGGGGAGCGAACGUGUGUCUUCCCCCUUCAGUGUAGCCGAGAGAGGGCCACUUGCUGGGGGAUGUUUAGGAAACCACGUGAGGAUAAACAAGUGAAAGAGGCGUGGCGGACUCGGGAGCACUGCGUGGACUGUGGGGUGCUGGGGAGCUGGCGGGGGAUGCUUGAUGGUGGCCUCGUGGGUGCUGUGGUGGGCCAGAGACAUGUGAUGGGGCGAACCAGCCGAGUGGUGGUGGCGGGGGCCAGGCAGAGUGGCAAGACCUCCAUCCUCGAGAAGGCCAUCUAUGCCAACUCCACUGCAGAGAAGUACAUCCCCACCGUGGAGGACACCUAUGUGGGCAUCGUGGAAACGGAGCGUGGCACGAGAGAGAAGUUGAGAUUCUAUGACACGGCGGGGCUGGAUGCACAGAACCGCACACUACCACAGCACUACCACGCGCUGGCCGACGGUUACGUGUUGGUGUACAGCGUGGCCGACAGCCUCUCCUUCCAGCUCCUCCAGGACAUCAAGAAGGACAUCGACCGCCACAAGGAGAAGAAAGAUGUCCCCAUCAUCAUUCUGGGCAACAAGAGUGACCUGGCAGGCAGCAGUGGCGCUGUGGAUGAAGGAACAGCUGUGCGAUGGGCGGCAGCGGAGAGGCUCAGGCUGUGGCAUGUGAACACGGUCGACAGGAACCUGCUGCUGGAGCCCUUCAUGAACCUGGCCUCCCGUCUCAACCCCCAGCAGAGCAAGACCUCCUUCCCUCAGCUCCACAUGGGUCGCAAGAACAAGGACUGAGGUGGCUAUGGCAAGGCAGAGUUGUUCUUCGUCCCCAGCCAAGUAAGACCUUCCCCCGACUUCACAUGGGCUGCAAGAACCAAGACUGAGGUGCCCAUGGUAAGGUCAGGGGAGCAAAGCACUUACUGGGUCCUUGGUAUCUGGGUUAGGAUUGUAGUGAUUUAUUUAUGCGGAGUUCAUAAUUUCUGUGUGAGUUCUAAGUUUUGUUGGCAAAGAAACAACACAAGACCAAAGAUUGAGAUGUUUACAGAGAGGAGAGACAGGCAGAGUCCGUCACCUGGUCGUCCUCUUGGUCUCCAGGCUAUAGUCGUCUCAAUUUAUUCAGUUUGUGUAGGUUGUCAUUUUGCUGUGAGUCGCGAGGUCUGUAUAUAAUGUAGUUUUGCCUCUGAUGGUUUGAAUGGGUCAGUUUUUGGUGAUAGUUUGUUGGUAAUUUUCUGGUGGUUAGGUAAAUCUUGGUCCUCUGGGUCUGCAGGUUAUUGCUCUCCAUUUACUAAAUUUCUGUAGAGGUCAUCAUAAUCUUCCUGCCAAUUUUGAGGUAUAUUUAAUUUACAAAGACCAUAAAAUUAAAUGCAUGUAAUUGGUUAGAGUUUGUUGGCCUUUUUUUUUUUUUUUUUUUUUUUCCCCACUGGGUUGAUUAGUUAUGUGUGAGUGUAGGGUUGAAGCAGGGCUCAUUGAGUGCAUGUGUUUGUUGGGGAAGGUCAAGUGAUUGGUGAGUUCCUUGAGGGAGCUUUGGCUCGUCAGUGUCCUGUGUCCUUGAUGCCAAGAGUUGUUGUUGUUGGCAGCGCCGUCUGCUGCCUCUUCCUUGCAUUCCAAAGUAUCUGAAGCUCCAGGUGACGUGCCUUGCUGCGGUGGAUGAUCUGACCACAAAGUACAACUUUAUUUAUUUAUUUUUACACCAGUUCCUCACCAAAUACUUUUAAGUACUUAAAAAUCAUAUGAUCAAAUCAACAAAGUUGCCAAAUUCUCUUUAAGGUGCCACUUCACAGUUCAUUCCUGUUGCUCCCGGUGACCACCACACAAGGUGUUGCUCCAGCAGUUCACUUCACCACAAACAGUAACAGUUCACUCCACCCGGUGGAGCGUUAGACACCACUUGACCAUGUGGAACACUGUGGCAGAAAUGUUUGUAUAAUAGUAUGCAAUCCAGAUGUAUGAAAUACAUAAUUGUUUGCCAGUGUUAGGGUGCUACAUCUAAAAUAUCCAAGCCUUGAAUGAGGAAAAUUGUGCUCAUCAAAUUGUUGUAGGUGCACAAAGUUUUCUGCUGAAAACCAGCAGCUGCCCAAAUGGGUGUCCCAAGGAAGUGUUGAAGACAUUGUGUUGGUCCAAGUCUUGAAAAAUUACCAUCAUGGCUUAUUCCACCUCCUAGGAGUACCUCAGCCGACAGGAACCGUAAACCAAUCAACACAAACCUUCACACAUGCCAUGGCCCUUGUUAGCUUGGGUUAAGUCAAUGAAUUUUGUGGUUAAGUGAACCUUAUCUGUGAAUCUCAAGAUGUAUACUUCGAGUAUUCACAGCCAUUGUGUCAGUCUGUGGCCAAGCCCACUUACUGAACCAUGGUGUGUCAGCUGUUGAAAGUGACAGUGGAGGUCACCAUGAUGGCUCUGCCGGUUGUUACCAAAGCCUUGCCACCACCCACCUACAGAGGCUUGCAGGUAAGGGAUACUCAGCCACUGAUGUAUUUGUCAUUGCAUUUUAGCCACUAUAAGAGUCCUUUGAGAUUUCAAAGGUUACAAUAAGUAUUUUAUAAUGUAACUUAUAUAGUUGGUUAGCUAAUAAAUAUAACUAACAGUAGAAA